AUGGAAGAUAUGGCACGUUUAGCAGUUGUAGAGCAAAGUGUUAAAGAUGUCAAUAAAUUUCGAAAAAUCUUAUACGAACUACUACAAAAUAUUAAUUAUAUUUUAGACCAUCCUUUUAAUAGUAGGCAUAUAAAAACAGAAGUCGUGGAAAAUAUUCGUGUUUUUAAAGAGUUAAACGAUUAUCUUUUAUAUAUUGGAUUCCGAUGGGAACAAAAUAAAUUUAUCUACCCUAUAGAUAAAGCCAUUGAUAAACUGAGGUUGGCUAAGACAGCGAUUGAAAGGAAACUGAGUUUGUGUAUUGACUCAAAAACUUUAUCAAAAAUUGAAAAAGUUCCUAUAAAAAAUUACAAAUUGACUCCUAUUAAUGUUCUGAUGACAACCAAUAAUCUAUUACUAACAAUACAGAUAUUAUUCAAUAGGGUUUUGGACUAUGAGGAUGAAGAAUUACAACAAGCUGCAAGGAAUGAGAUACCAAUGGUUACACUAGAAUUAAGAGCAUUGAAAAGAAUGAGAGAAGUUCAGAAAAAAAUUAAGACAGGUGAUACAAAAGAAGAAGACUUAUCAUAUGACAUUGCAUUGUUAAUGGAGCUGAUAGGAUGGUUCAAACACAAAUACUUUUCAUGGGUUGAUGCACCACAAUGUGAGACGUGUGGAGGACCUACAAAAUUUUAUCACAGCACUACUAUGAAAACUGCGACAGAAACAUGCAAUGCUGAGGUGUACAGUUGCGCGCAUUGUGGAAAUUAUACAAAAUUUCCGCGAUAUAAUGAUAUUCGCGCGUUAAUGCGUACGCGCCGCGGUAGGUGUGGCGAAUGGGCGAAUUGUUUUGCUAUGUUCUGCCGAGCACUUGGUUAUGACACACGCUAUAUCUAUGAUUCUACUGAUCACGUCUGGUGUGAGGUAUAUGAUUAUGUAACAAAUAACUGGUUGCAUGUUGACCCUUGCGAGGGGGCAUUGGACACACCGCUGAUGUAUGACCAUGGCUGGGGCAAAAAGCUUACUUAUGUGAUAGCUGUCUCUUGUAACGAUGUCCAGGACGUCACUUGGCGUUAUACAACUAAACAUAAGGAGGUUCUUUUGCGUCGAAAUCAAUGCACAGAACAAGAAUUAAUAUCAACGUUGCUAACUCUACGUGAACAUAGACUAGCGCAGGUUUCACCUGCAAGGCGGAAGUGGCUAACCGCUCGUACUAUACAUGAACUUGCACAGAUGAUGUUGGAGAGAAAACCAAGUGAUUUCGAAUCCCGAGGACGGAUAUCCGGCUCUAAGGAAUGGAAAACGCAACGUGGUGAAAUAGGUUCCCAAUUUGGGCAUGGCUUUGAAUUUGACCAACCAGGGGAAGUCAGUGUAAAAUAUUACUGUAGCUCGGAUAAGUACCAGAUUAGUAGGAAUGGAGAACAACUAUCAACAUUAGAUGGGUGGGGCUCGGGGGUGUAUGAAGGUGAACAUGUCUUUAGAAAUGUGGAAAAAGACUGGCGGCAGGUUUAUAUAGCAAGAGAAGAAGGAGAAAUGUCUGGAAGGGUAUCUUGGAAAUUAUCCGUGAAAGAUGGUUUAAUAUUUACGUCACUUACUGUUCGAGCAACUUCCGCUAUUUUUGAAAACGGCAACAUCGAAUGGCAGGUUCAAUUUGAUGACAGUAAUCCAAGCGUUGCUGAUUUCAAUGAAACUACUACAGAAUUUAGCAACCGAUUUAAAAAGGUUAUAGUAACAGCACACCUUAGUGGCGGACAAGGGGAUGUAUCCUGGCAACAUUCCCAACUCUUCAGACAAUCACUGGACUCAAAAUCUUCUACCUUUGAAGUAAAUGCAAACAUAGAAUCUAAUUGA